AUGCACCUCUUCCCAAACUCUCCUCAUCGGAGGAGUCAGACCACAUGGACCGGAUCUCUGGCAUGUGGUCUCCUAUACUAUUCCUCAUGGAUAGUCAGCGCCGUCGCCGACAAGACGGCAGCUGACUAUUUCGUCUCGUCACUUCCUGGGGCUCCUGAGCCCCUACUCAAGAUGCAUGCUGGUUCGAUGGAUGGUGCCAUGAUGGAGAUUGGCCCUUACAGAGUCAAGUCCGAUGGCACUCUGUCAUACAACAACGGCUCGUGGGCCGAGUUUGCGAACCUGCUCUUUGUCGACCAGCCUGUGGGAACUGGCUUCAGUUACGUCGACACGGAUAGUUACCUUCACGAACUGGAUGAUGCUUCCAAGCAGAUGGUGCAGUUCCUGGAAAAGUUCUACACCAUCUUCCCGGAAUACAGCAAGGACGACUACAUCCCUUACUUGGCCGAAGCCAUCCUCAAGCGCAAUGCCGAGACCAAAGGCAAGAAGUGGAACCUCGCCGGUCUGCUCAUUGGCAACGGAUGGAUCUCGACAGUCGACCAAUCUCUCUCAUACCUUCCCUACGCAAAGAAAGCCGGUCUGAUCAAAGACGGCACCGACAGCUCANAGAGGAUUGAAGCCCAGCACUCAAAAUGUAUAGAGGACCUCGACAAGGGUGGAAAAGACCAUGUGGAUGUUCGAUCCUGCGAGAACAUCCUGCAAGAGAUAUUGCGAGUCAGCAAUGAAGAGAAGGGCAAAUGUGUCAACAUGUACGACAUACGCUUGGACGACGCAUACCCCAGCUGUGGCAUGAACUGGCCCCCAGAUCUUACUUCGGUCAAGCCCUACCUUCGUCGCAAGGAUGUCACCGAUGCCUUGCACAUAAACCCUGGAAAGACAAGCGGCUGGACCGAGUGUAACGGACAGGUCGGCCAGGCUUUCUCAGCCAGGGAUGCCAAACCUUCGUACGAGAUCCUUCCCGCCCUGCUCGAACAAGUCCCAAUCCUGCUCUUCUCUGGUGACAAGGAUUUAAUCUGCAAUCAUAUCGGUACUGAGGAGCUCAUCAACAGGAUGGAGUGGAAUGGUGGCAAGGGUUUCGAGACAUCGCCUGGUGUUUGGGCCCCUCGCCGUGACUGGACUUUCGAAAACGAACCUGCUGGUAUCUGGCAAGAGGCUCGCAACUUGACAUACGUUGUCUUCUACAACGCCUCGCACAUGGUUCCAUUCGACUAUCCUCGCCGCAGCAGAGAUAUGCUUGACCGCUUUAUGAAGGUGGAUAUUGACAGUGUUGGAGGCACACCCACCGACAGUCGAAUUGACGGUGAGAAGGGCCCUCUUACCAGCGUUGGAGGACACCCCAACAGCACUGUAGCCGAGGAAGCCGAAAAAGAGGCUCUGCAACAAGCGACAUGGAAGGCAUACUACAAGUCCGGCGAGGUUGCGCUCGUCGUGGUCGUGAUUGCCGUGGCAGCAUGGGGAUACUUUAUCUGGCGCCAGAGGAGAAGUGCAGCUGGCUACCGUGGACUCUCGCUCAACCCCGAUAUGGAUGGUAUGGGACUCAACUCUGAGAACAGAAGAAAACAGGCAAGAAGAGAUUUGGAAGCAGCGGAUUUCGAUGAGGCAGAGUUGGAUGAGCUGACCAGUCCUCAUAACCACGAGAGGGAACGGUUUGAUGUUGGCGAGGACAGCGACGACGAUGAGGAU